AUGCCACCCAAGCAAAUCCACGGAAAGGGCCGCGCCCUCGCGGAACCGAACUUCGCGCAGACCACGCUGCACGCCGUCACAAGCAAGGAGAACAGGAGCGUCAUCACCGCGAUUGGCAUGUUUGCUAUCGGCGUUACGUUCCUGCACAGCAGUUGGGCUGAGAUCCUGCUUCCUGCGUAA